GUUUUGUUGAAAACCUGGCAACCCUGCUAUAUUUUUAAAGGACUGCUGUGUUGAUCAAAGAAGCAAAGGUCCUUGGCUUAUUUUUUGACGGAUAUCCGAAAGGAUUUUCAAACAAGUUUUGUUGUCUCAAGGGAAAGUAUGGCGAUACCUGUGUUGGAUUUCAGUGUCUACGAACUGGGAAAGGAAAAUGUAUCGGAAGCUGACUUGGAAAAGUUAAGUGAAGAAUUGAGAAGGGCCUUUACCGAGGUGGAAAAAGUCAUGAGUGUUUCGAAGAAGUUCUUCUGUUUGCCAGAAAACAAGAAGAAGCCUUUCAGCAGGGGAAAUUACACAUGUAAUGUAAACCAUGGCUGGGUUUCGAUAGAAACUGAAAGUUUGAAUCCUCGUUGCCCCGGUGAUCUGAAGGAGGCGUUUAAUACAACAUCUUUGAGAGAGGAUAUUAAUUGGCCUUCAGAAGAAGUAGGUGAUUUUCGAGAUGCCAAGGUAUCAUUUUUCCUGCGCUGUAAGGAACUCGCUCUCAGAGUGCUCCGACUGAUGGCUAUUGGUUUGGGCCUGGACUCUGAAGUCUUUGUCAACGAACAUAAGCAUAUUGGAAGUUUUGGGAAUGGAACCACACUACGGAGUCUCUAGUAUCCUCCGGUGGACAGCACACAUGUGAAGGAAAAUCAGGUGCGCUGUGGUGAACACUCUGAUUAUGGUAGCAUCACUCUGCUCUUCCAAAGCACUGAGGAUGGACUGCAGGUUCAGAACCGGGCUGGUGAAUUCGUUUCAGCUCCAUGUAUUCCUGGAACAGUUCUAGUUAACACAGCAGACCUGAUGCAAAGGUGGACCAGCGAUGUGUAUGUGUCUGUGGUUCACAGGGUUUUGCUGCCCCCUGCAGGUGACUCCAGAACACGUCAGUCUUUGGCCUUCUUUGCACAACCAGAGGAUGAGUCCAUCAUUAAAUGCUGCGUUGGAUUCAAUAAAUAUCCUCCUAUUAAGACACUUGAUUACUUUACGUCAAGGUUUAAUGAUACCUACGGCAAAAAAACGAAUCUGGUUUAAGUGGAA